UGACAUAUCUGGGCGUUGGAACGGGGGCUGAAUAAACGGGGCGAGCACGAGACCUGCGGAUGCAGUAAAGGGUUUGCAACCAGCAAGGGCUCACUCGGCGCGCACAGGAGUUUAGAGGCAGAUCUGCUUCUGUCCGAGGUCCAGCAACUGGAGUUUAAUCCCACCUGGCUCUCGCUUUCUAGGGAAUACUGCUUGGGGAAAAGAGCAAGCUCUUUGGCCUUGAUCUAUCCAACACUUUUGCCAAAAUGCUCCUUUUGUUGUUGGGAAUCAUUGUGCUCCAUGUUUCAGUGCUUGUCCUUCUCUUCGUCUCAACAAUUGUCAGUCAAUGGCUCAUUUGGGAUGGGCACACAUCAGCCCUUUGGCAGAACUGCACCCUCCAGGGGUCCCUGAGUUCGUUUCAAUGCGCCAAAACGUCUGCAGAUGAAUGGCUGCAGGGUGUCCAAGCUCUGAUGAUCCUUUCCAUCAUCUUCAGCGUAUUGUCUUUGUUCCUGUUCUUCUGCCAGCUCUUCACUCUCACUAAGGGCGGACGGUUCUACCUUACUGGCAUUUUCCAGAUCCUUGCUGGUCUAUGCGUGAUGUCCGGGGCCACCAUCUUCACGGCGAGACAUACAGAUUGGCAUCCCCCUGUAGACAGCAUCUCCUUUGGCUUCUCGUACAUCCUGGCCUGGGUGGCCUUCCCGCUGGCUGUCAUUAGUGGGGUGAUCUACAUCAUCCUGAGGAAGCGCGAAUGAUGUGUCGAGGGCGGCCGCUGAGACUACAGCACUCAGGACAAGGGGGCCUUGAUGAGUUAGGAAAUGGAAACAAACAAAUAAAAAGGAAGUUAACCAAAACAAUAUCAACAAGGAAAAAAACAACCAAACUGAAAGAAGGGUUACUGUGUUCAUUGAAGAUGUAUAUAGUAUCUAUGGUUUAAAAAAAACCUAUUUAUAACACUUUUUACAUAUAUGUACAUAGUACUGUUUGCUUUUGUUUGUUUGACCUGCCGCCAUGUUUAAAGCCUAAAGAAAGUGCCUAAGGACUCUUUAACUCCUAACAGCAUAAUCAGAGUGCCGUUCCCCCUCCCCUCUUGCUGUGGAAGCAAAUGGAUCCCUCCUCCAUAGCUCUCCACUUCCAAUCCCCAAGCCACAUGACAAGGCAAGAGCCAUAAACUUGGUCCUCAGAUAGGUGUGAUAUGCCGCCCACUGCACUGAUGUUUGCUUAUGCCCCUCAUAUGCUCACGUUAACUAAAAGAUGGGUUGCAAUGGCCACGUAGAGGGGAGGGGAAUGUCAACGAUGAGGAACGCAUGGCUGGGUGAGCCCAGCUUUGGAACCCCUUGGAAUGCUAGUCAAGCUGUGGUGUCGUAUGUGAAGGAUAGUCCCACCAAUGCAACCAGAAGCUGCAUAAUAUCACCACCUUCCCCACCCCCCUCUUCGUAUGACAACUGGAGCUCCUGGGAGCACAGAAAUGUCGCCAGUCCUUCAUAAAUCCCUCUUUAAAUCAGGUCCGUUUCUCCGUACUUUGAGAUGGCCAAGAUGAGCACUGAUGCUAAGAAGAAGAAACACUGGAGGGAGACACGGGACGAAAAAGAAGUCCGCCAUGUUGGUUUGUAACUACCCACUGGUGUGUUGCCCCCCAACCUUGCCCGUUUUGGGACAAUAGGCAGAAAGAAUAAGCUAAAAUAGGGGAAAGCAAGGAACCCUUCUAAGUUCCAGACCCCCACCCCACCCCUCUUCAUAACCCCUUUUACAAAAUUGAAUACCAAAUCUGUGAAAUGGUGCUAUCUAUUUACCAUUCCUUAUAUCGCUAAGCCAUUUAACCUUACUCACUGGAAAGUCAGAUAACGAUUUUGAGAUAAACCAAGGAAUAGGAAUGAUAAAUAAUUCUUGUGUAAUAUAUACAGCCUGUAACUGCUUUUGUACUUAGGAAAGUUGCUAUCAUCAUUAUUACUAUUAUUAUUUUUUAAUAAAGCAUUUAUAACCAAGGUAUUUCUCUCCCCCACUCCUUUUACUUCAUGGUCGGGAGGGAAGUAAGUGAACCUUCUAGCCCCUUGAGGAUCCCUCCCUCCUUCCAGCUCCUCUGUAACCCUUUUCUGUGUGUCCCCCCCCCCAAAGUGUGUCUGGCAAUGAACUGUAUUGGCAGCCGUGUGUAGAUGUGUAAGCGGUGCCUUUUGAUGCUAAGACUCCAGACAUUAUUAUAUGAUUAUUUUGCUUUGCUUUUCUGAUUUUAUACCAACUUGUGUGGACUAAGAAGCAACAAAAUAAAAGUCAGAAUAACUCACA